UCUUUUGUACAACUACUAAUCUGACUUGUGCAUUUUCAUUGGAGUUCAGUAUACUAGUAUUUAUGUAUUUCAGCCAAGAGUUCCAAGUUUUCUCUCUCUGGAUACAGAUGGCAGAGUAAUUCGCCUUGAUACAUUUUCAAAGAUUUUAUCAGCUGGAAUCAGACUGGGCUUUAUGACUGGGCCAAAACAAAUUCUUGAAAGAGUUAAGCUUCAUAUGGAGGUUUCCUCAGUCCAUGGUGGAAACCUGGCACAGAUAAUGAUUUUAAAAGUGUUGCAGCAGAUGCACUAUGAGGGGUUCAUGGCACAUGGAGAUACUGUGUCGGACUUCUACCAGGAAAGAUGUGAGAAAGCUCUAAAACUUACUAAGAAGCACCUUACAGGUCUGGCAGAAUGGCGGGUCCCUCAUGGUGGAAUAUUUCUAUGGCUUCGCAUGCUUGGUUCCAGUAACAGCACUGAAGUUAUCAGGAAAGCGCAUGAGAAAGGUGCUACAUUCACUGAUGGGGCAUUCUUCAUGAAAGAGGGAAAACCGUGUGAAUAUAUCAGAAUGUCAUACUCCCUGAUCGACGACCAAGACAUGGAAACGGCUGUAAAGAUAUUGGCCUCUGUUCUCCGGGAAGAAGGAAAUCAAGAUGGUCAAGAAAACCCAGAAAAUAAAGAUCUACAUGACUGAAAGAUUGAUCUACACCACGUUUUAUUACAUUCAUAAUAAUUUGCCUCAAACAUAACAUUUCAGAUUUUUAAUAACAGGCCAGUAGGAACCAGUGGGAUGUGGGGGCCAGUGCUGGGUUGUUUUUUUCCUGCUCUAUAUAAUUAAAAAGUAAAAAAAAGGCUUGUACCACCCACCCCAACGUGAAGGGUGUGACCCUCUAUUAGAGGUUGUCCCCCCCCCCCCCCCGACUCCCCCACUCCAGAUAUGGUUCCUAUGGGCCUGUAAAUUGUGGCUUUAUUAAAAAACAAAUGUGCACGUGAGAUUGUAACAAAGCAGGCAGCUUACCACAUUUUUGGGCUACCUGCCAUAUUUUGGACCCCUCCCCCCAAAAAAACACAUUUGUGUAGUAUUCUACAAGGUGAAGAAACCUAAUCUGGUUUUUAUCCCCACCUGAUUAACAUUGCUGAAGGUUGUGCUUUAUACAUUCCAAUCUCUAGGAGUACGUACCAGUGAUUCUUUUGUUACAGCCCCCGUUUUUAAUAUAUUCGCAAUAAAAAGUUGUGUUUUUCCCAUCGCUUGCCAAAACGCCUGUUGACUCCAAGAGCUAAGUCACGUGACUCCGUGAAGUGCUAACUGGCAUAACUUGAAAGCAUGAUUCGUAGCCUUUACCCAUGUUACACAUGUAUGUAUGUCUUUAUAUGUGUAUAUGGGACAGGACGUAGUCCAGUGGUAGGGCGCUCACUUGAUGUGUGGUCAGUGUGGGAUCGAUCUCCAUCAGUGUGCCCGCUGGGCUAUUU